GAAAUGACCGCUAAAUCCUUAUGGCAAAGAAGGGCCAAUGAUGUUAGAACCAAAGUACUCCUCCUCCUCCUGCUACCAAUGAAGACUAGGUUUCACAGUCCACUAUACCUCCGACAGUAAUGCCAUCUCUUUCUGAGAACAUACUUGUAUUCAUAAAAGAAAAGUUCUCACCAUCUCAAUACUCCUGCCUCAACGAACAGCUGGAACGUUUUGAAAUACAAAAACCAUUUUCCGGAUGUAAAGUACUUUAUGCUGCUCCCCUGUCUCUCAAUACUUUGGUUGCUAUGCUACCAAUUGCAUUUGGUGGGGCAGACCUCUCAGUGUCCUGGCCUGAGAUUACUACUCCUGACGAAAAGGCUCUUUCAUUUCUUCAAACCUGUGGAGUCCCUUGCUACAAGAAAGUACCAGAUACGCUGUCCUUUGAUAUAAUUUUGGAUUGCUGCGGUGACCAUGCAGCAAUUGAAUCAACAAGAGGUUAUGUUGAACUGACAAGAAGUGGCCUGGCUCAGUAUCACAAUCUCAAAGGUAAAACCUGUUUCGAUGUAGAUUCAAAUCCGGUGAAGAAUAUAGAAACAACUCUUGGUACAGGAGAUGGAUUAGUAAGAGCACUGAAACAGUCUGGCUAUCUGGAGCUGCAAGGGAAGGAGGUGCUUUUGUUUGGUUUUGGUAAAGUCGGUAGGGGAAUCACCAGAGCUCUCCAGUUAGAGGGCUUGCAUGUUAGUGUCGUUGAGCUAAUUGAAAAACCACAAAAGUACAACCAAUCCACAAUCAAUUGGAUCAGCUCAAACAGCAAGGAGCGUGUUCUUUCAGCUGUUGGAGAUGCAGAUUUCAUUGUUACUGCUACUGGAGUCAACGGAGUAAUUCAAAACAACUACCCCAUACAACCAUUUCUUGAUAGCAAGGCAAUACUGAUUAACAUGGGGGCUGUGGAUGAGUAUGGAUCAGACUUUCCCAACGAAGCAAUACUCAAUAAUAAAACACCACUCAAUUUCAUACUAGAUGAGCCCACUAGUAUGAGUUUCAUUGAUCCAACUUUAGCACUGUAUAAUGAAUGUGGAGCCUUGCUAGCAUCCCAAUCUUGGGACGAAGGGAUACAGCAACCUCCUAACUCUAUCGUUCAAUCUUUGGUGGAUAAGUUUUGUGGUGAGCAUGGCUAUUCAAGAGAGGAACUCAUGAUCUAGAGCUCCAGCAUAUAUUCAAAGGAACUGUAUAGUUUAGACUAUAUGCUAACAAUAAUUACUAUAAUUGAAUAUCAAAACUGAUAAAAUGCUAAACUAAUGAUAUUACCAACAAUUUGUUAAAAUGCUA